AUGAACAACAACGCUACUGUGCAGCAUGGCGGCCAUAUUCAAGUCGCCAGCGACGACAGCUACUUCGUGAAGCACUGGGGAUACCACGAUCGCACGCUGCCAUGCACCAAUGAUCCCGGGUCGUGUGCCUAUCUCGACGCCAUCUACUGGAUGCACGAUGUGUCGAUGCUGUACACGUUCAUCAUGUGGGCAGUCAUUGGCGGCAUCCUCGCCAUCGUGGUCUUGUAUCGCGUGUUGGCACCGCGGCCCGGGCCGGUGCCGACCAAGAGCGCGAGAGAAGCCGAGGGACAGCGACGAGGUCAGUCAAGCGCAUGGUACCGGGCAAGCCGGGCGAUCCAGUCUUCGGUCCGGAGGUGGCUACUGCCCGAGCGCUUCGUGGGCCUGUUUGGACACACCACCAGCCUGCAGGUCCUCAUCUUGAUGAUCAUCCUGGCCUACCUGCUCAUCUUCUCGCUCGUCGGCAUCGUCUACAAGACCUGGAUCACGCCGGUCAAGGGCACGACGAAUCUCUUCAACCAGCGCUCGGGCAUCGGCGGCUUCGCCGAUCGGGUGGGAGCCCUCGCGUACGCUCUGACGCCUUUCACCGUCGCGCUGGGCAGCCGGGAGUCGAUGCUCACCAUUCUCACGGGCUUGCCCUACCAGUCCUUCAACUUCCUGCACCGCUGGACAGGCCGGAUCAUCCUCGUGCAGUCGGCCCUGCACACCUUCGGAUGGACGCUCAUCGAGGCCAACUUCUACAAACCCCAGCCCGAGGUCUACCAGGAGUUCAUCAAGCAGACCUACAUCAUCUGGGGCUGCGUUGCCCUCGUCUUCAUCUGCUUCCUGAGCGUGUUCAGCUUGCCCGUCGUGGCCCGAUAUACCGGCCACGAGUUCUUCCGCAAGGCGCACUAUGUCGCGGCCGGUCUCUACUUCGGUGCGUGUUGGGCCCACUGGAGUCGGCUGGCGUGCUGGAUGAUCGCGUCGCUGGGCAUCUGGGGCCUCGAUCGAGGGCUCCGCUUCCUUCGCACCGCGCUCAUUCACACGGGGCAUCUCCAUCCGUCCAAAGGCUUCGGCUUCCACUCCGCACAGUCCAGCCUCCAGUACUUCGACGACGAGGACGGCGGCGUGGUCAGGCUGGAGUUCCAGCACAACCAUGACACCUGGGCUGUCGGCCAGCACUUCUUCCUCACCUUCCCAGCAUUGAGCAUCUGGCAAUCGCAUCCGUUGACCGUGGCCUCAGUGCCCGCCGCGCAUCCAGCAAUACCGCACCACACGUAUAUUGUCCGCGCUCGCCGUGGUGAGACUGGCCGUCUCAAGACUCUUGCCCUCUCCCACGCGGCUUCUCCCAACCCAGAAACCACCCCCAUAGUGCUCAGCGGCCCCUACGGAGCGCCCCUUCUUCCCUCCCCCUCCUCCCCCGCCGAACCUACCAACAUCCUCGCCAUCGCCGGCGGUACCGGCAUCUCUCUCACCCUCCCCCUCGCGCUCGCCGCCACCUCGCUUCCGAGCACCGCCGCAAUAGACUUCGUCUGGGUCAUCCGCCGCGCCUCCAGCACCCAGUGGAUCGCAUCCGAGCUCGAGACCCUCAAGCGACGCGCCGCACAGGGCAAGGUCGACCUGAAGAUCCACCUCUACAUCACCCGCGAAUCGCCCUCCCAGACCGCAACCGAGACCGCAACCGAGUUUCCCGCCGCCACUCCUGAGCACGAGGGAAAAGACAUCAAGAAAGCCUGCGAGUCCAGCUCGUCUCUCUCCUCGCUGUCAUCGUCCGCCAACUUCACCACGACGUACCUGCCCUCCCAUCGGCCAUCCCUGCACGCCAUCGUCACCUCGUUCCUGGAAACCCGCGCCAAUGCCGAGUACAGAACACGUGUCAUUGCGAGCGGCCCGGCGUGUAUGGGACACGAUCUGAGGAGUGCCGUUGCGGCGUCUAAUGACGGGGCGAAGGUCUGGAAGAAUGACCGGAGGUGGGACGUUGAGCUAGAGUGGGAUGACAGGAUGGGCUAG